GGCAAACCCGUGGGCAUUCUGUAACGCCGCCGCCACCAAAUAACCUCACUUACAAGGUAUAUAUACUGUACACGGUAUCAACCUCGAACUUCACUCAUGAUCGCCCGCAAAGUCAGUCUCAGCAACGCCGAGUGAGCGCCGUCGGCCUUAAUAUUGGAGAAACGAAGCCACGCGAGGGAGCCAGUCAAUUGAAUUCAAUUCAAUCCCGUAUGGCUCAACCUUGACAUCUACCAGUACGGACACUGUACUUACAUCACAAAAUAACACGCGACGCGUUUGCACUCCAACCCAAUCUUCGGGCAUCACCAGGGCGGGCAGACAUCAUGUCGGCGGGGUACUUGGCCCGGGCCUCGGAGCGGUUCGCCGAGCGGGGGCCCAAGGCGAUUUUCGACAUUCUGUCGCCGGUGCCGUCGCACCUGGUCAACAUGCUCCUCGACGCGCGGUUGGGGAACCCGCGAAAAUCGAGGGGCUUAUACCAUCGCUUGAUCCGGACCCGCGAGAACCUGGCCCGCUUUCCGCUGACCCAGGGCCACCACCUUGUCUACUUUCCCUUCCAGGACCCGACCAUCUACCUGGGGCCCGACGGCACCGACCCAACCCACGCCCCAGGUCCCCCGUAUGUGCGCCGCAUGUGGGCCGGCGGCUCUCUCAGUUUCGACGACGACUGGGCCGAGGACAUGCUGCUUGACAACCGCGCCGUCCGCUGCAUCGAGACCGUCGACAGCGUCCGCGGUAGCGGUAACGGCAAUAGCAACGGUGUCGCCGACGAGGACUCGGCCAGCGACAAGGUCUACGUCGACGUACGCCGCCGCUACGGCGUGGCCCCUUGGGGCGAUAAAGCCGCCGCCGCCACCCUCAAAUCGUCCUUCCGCUCCUCCAUCACAGAGGUCCGCUCGCUGGUGUUCUUGAAGAAGCGCGUGCCCUCGAGUGAAGAUCUCGCUCUGCUGUCCCAGCCGCCUAAAUUGAACAGCCCUAGGAAACCUCAAUCGGAUAAGAAGCCCGAUUUCGAGAUGGAACUGACGGUAGACGCCCAGCUGCUCUUCCACUUCAGCGCGCUGACGUACAACGCGCACGCCAUCCACCUGGACCCCGAGUACGCGCGCAACGUCGAGGGCUACCGAGAGCGGCUGGUCCACGGGCCGCUGACACUGAUGCUGCUGAUGGCGGCGCUGCGGCGCGUGAUCCCGUGGAGCCGCUUCGUCAAGUCGAUCAAGUACCGCAACAUCCGGCCGCUGUACGCAGGCGACUGCAUCCGCAUCUGCGUCAACGAGAAGCUCCCGCCCCCGCUCAACUCGCCCAUCGGCGACAGGACCUUCACCGCCUGGAUCGAGGGUCCCGACGGCCAGACGGCCGUCACCGGCCGCGCCCGCGUGCGGAGGACGCCACCGCCGCGCGCUGAGAGGCCGCCCGGCUGGUCCGUCCAGUGGGAUACCGUCGCCAUGAACAAAGGGUAUGAAGCCGCGGUAGCAAAUACUCAGCCGCAUAUCGGAAGCAAAUGGUGAAGACGACAUCAUAUAGCCGCCCAUAUCAUCGCACGUCUCCUUCGUGAUAAGUGGUCAGAUCCUGAGGGGGGGCCGUUCCCCGUUAACGUCGAAGCCCCCGGUGAUAUACAUAUAUACCUGUCGUUCAAACCUGAGUAUAUAAAAUAAUACAAGUUCGGAAAAUUAAAA